AGAGAGGGGGGGGAAAAAAAGCCCUCCUGUCGGUCAGAUUAGAAUCACACAGCAAUGUCCGUCUCAUUGAUUUGAAGGGGGAUGAUUGCUGACACAUCCACGCGGUCAGCGCAGCUCCUGAGGGCAGCGGGCGGAGGGAUGCGGCUCCGGGACCAGGCGCUCUGCCUCCGCUCCGGACCCUGAGACAACAGCGGGAGCGGCUCCACAACCCGGACCUCACUCGGAUAAUGUCUCUGCUGAAACAGCGGGGGAGAGAGCUCGAGCGAUUUGACGGACUGUCGCUCAUUUACUGGACACUAAUGGGUCCAUAUGGAGUAGACCGAGCUGUUCAUUCCAUGGAGUUUACAGACUGUGAGAAUGGACUAGGAAUUAAAGUGAUCGGUGGAGUGAAGGAGCUAACUGGAGAGGAGUUUGGAGUCUACGUCAAACGGAUUUUACCAGGUGGCCUUGCUUCAAACGAUGGAAACCUGAUGCCAGGGGACCAGAUCUUGGAGGUGAAUGGGGACAGCCUCGUAGGCAUCACAAGUGAAAGAGCUGUGGAUAUCUUGAGAGCAGCCUCUGCUACCAAUCACAUGCGUCUUCUCAUAGCCAGAGAUGAAGAAGCAAAGAGAGAAUUUGCUGAGCUGCUGGAGAAAUACGGCUCCAACGGAAGCACAGGAUCAACACGCAACUCUCCCAUCCAACAAGGAGGUCGCUACCUGGAUAGCACAUCGUCUGGCUCUUCAUCUCGCUCCCAGAGUCCUUUGUUGUUGAGUCCAGCAGGCUCUCAGAACACGUACAACAACAACAGUGGACCAAUGCUGCGCUCCCUCAGUCACCCAGGUGAAGGGGUGAUUCAGCUCGUUUCGGUGGCACGAUCUGGCAGUUUAGGCAUCACCAUCGGAGGAGGCUCCAACAGGCCCGACGGUCCUGCAGUCUUCAUCCAGGAGGUGCUGUCUGGAGGCGACUGUCACCGGGAUGGACGUCUGAGACCUGGAGAUCAGCUCAUUGCCAUUAACAAGGAGUCUUUGAUAGGUGUUACCCAUGAGGAGGCUAAAGCCAUGCUAAACAAAGUCAAAUUCAGCCAGGACAGUGCAGUGGAGAUCGCUUUCAUCCCAGGUAAAGGACUCUUUCCAAGCAGCACGUCUCUCCACAACGGAGUCCAGCGAGCCACAGGAAACAGUUACAACUCUGGACGCUUAAAAGUCCACAUCAGAUCACCUGAGAUCUGUACUGAGGAGCCAGCUCAAGUGUCCUCACCCUCUCCUGACAUCUGUCCUCCAGAUAUCCAUAUUACAGGUUCAACCAGCCAGAGGUCGCCGACAGGGGCAAAACCCAAGAUAACACUGGACCCAUACAUACGCCUCAAAUCAGACAAGUUAGACUUGGCUUUGUCCUUCCUGGGGUUGAAUGUCACAGAAGAGAAGAGGAAGAAGUUGAAACAUAGUCUGACCACAGACCCCCAAGGCACUGUGGCCUAUGGAGACUUUGUGGAGGUAACCCGGAACAUCUUCCAGGAGAACCUGGAGGAGUUAGGUUUGGGAGCGGGUCCCUUCACAUUCUCCUAUCAUGAAGCAGCCAGUCUGAUGGACACGUCAGCCUUCCAUUCACCUACAUACGAAUCAGAAGGCAGCUACAGCAGCGAAGAGAUGGAGCAGUUUCAGACAGAAGUGAAGCAGCUACAGACCCAGAUGAAGCAGCUCAAGGUGAUGCUGAAGGACAUGGAGCACAGCAAGAAGACUCUGGAGGAGGAGCUGCAGAAGACCUCAGAGAAAGCCUGUUUGACGGUGGAAGAGAACACCCGUUUAAAGAGUCGUCUGGAGGCAGCCGAGGCUGAGGUGGUGCAGCGGCAGGCCGGCAGUGCUGAGCAGGACUACGAGGAGGUCAUCCAGCUACUGGAGGCUGAGAUCAGAGACCUGAAGAACCAGCUGGCCAGCAAGAGACAAGCACGAGGAGCAGAGGCUCCUAAGGUCAAGCAGGAGGAGGUGGUGGAGCUCAACAGGAGGCUGUCGGUCAUCGACUGUCAGCUGAGGAAGUCAGAGCAGAGCAGGAAACACCUGGAGAUUUCCAACAAGAAACUGCUGGGCUUUGCACAAAACGUCCACAAAGUGCUGACAACACCCAGCCUGUUUGGAGGAGAAAGCGGGAGCAACAGGUCAUCUCCAGCCACGGACAGCCCCGACACCCCAACACCACUUCGGGAUUCCGCCUUCCAGCUGACCGUUGAAGCGAAAGAGCUGAUGGAGGGAGUAUGCGCUGCCACCGCUGACGACAAAGCUUCAGCAAACAUGCCAGAGGCGGCGUCAGCACCAGAUGUCAGCCCUGAUCAUGUGUGAGCAACGAGGAGAGGAAAGGCCUGAGGGAGGACCUGGGUUGGGCUGAAGAGGCUGAAAGCAGCUGAAGCUAUGAUGGACGAGACCACAGAGAGCAGCGAGACUUGGCACCAUUCCCACACAAUUUCAGAAAACGACGACACGGCUUCGACAAAUCCAAAUCCACAGUGACGCGUUUUAAUUGACGACAUGUUGUAAUGCCAACACGUCAAAUUAGCGUCUUCCUCUGACAUACUCUACAGCUUCUCUGCAGCGGGACGUGUUGAAUCAGCCGAGAAUCGAGGACUCUCAUCACUUCAACAAUAAAUCAGUAAAUGUACAGAAGUCUAUGAGAAGCGCUCUGCCAAAAAAAAUGUCUGCUGGAAUUCUUUCUCGUGUUACUCUUACAGUCGGUGGUGUUGGAGGAGCUGCAUGAUCAAGUCCACAACACACACACACACACACACACUCGUAAACCGGUAAACCUAGCUGUGAACCUCGUUAAUGCUCCUCACUGACCUCGUUUCUAACCUGACACACGAGUUCUGUCCAUGGACUGCAUGUAAUUUUGAACUCGUUUGCUUUGCAAGGACAAUCUCCAGCUGAUCUGUUCAAAGAGUCUUCCUCUGUGUCAUCAUCAUUUGCUGCCAUCUGCCUCCAUCACACACUACCACUUGUUUGCUCUGCCACAGACAUUACGAACCGUCGAGCAAGAAGUAGAAAAAAAACAGCAGUGUUUCUUUUCCAUCAUUCUCUCUCUCUGUCCUCGUGCAGUUACUUAAUUAUAUCGGGCAAAAGAAAGGUUUGGAUAAUCCUGGUCUUGAGCAGUGUGGGUCAUCAGCAGCUUCAUAUCACUGCAUGGUCGACGUUAAUCUGUCUGCUGGAGUGACUUCACCGUUGCUCCAGCUGUGUAAACUUGUAUUUGAUAGUCAAAGAGUCUAGGCAGACAUCAGUCAUAGGGUACACAUAACACUCAUUUUAUUUAUACAGACAGCUGCAAAUUCUGACAUGUCCUGCAAUUCAGCCAGAUUUCAUCUUUGGUGUGGCCUCAUAUCUUUCUGUUACCGUUUUAUAUUAAAUGAAUACCUGAUGACUGGA